AUGAAAAGCACAAAGCUAAUACUCCUCCAUCCCACAAUCCAAAAGCAAUCAUCUUCAAACACCAAUCGCUUGUGGCUCAUCUUCAUCAUCACCUUCUUCACCACCGCCUUCACUCUAACCCUAAUCACCACCGCCGCCACAAGCACUGCCACGGGCUCCACCGCCUCUUCAGUCCAGCUUCGACUUUCCAUAUCCGACGCCCUCCUCCACUACGCCACCACUACCAACUCCACCUGCAUGACGUCCACCGAGCUCGCCACUGUAACCGUCGCAGUUGCCCGCUGUGCCGCUGCUGCAUCCCGCUGUAACCUCCUCGUUUUCGGCCUUACCCACGAGGCCCUCUUGUACACAGCCCUCAACUUCAACGGCCGCACCGUCAUCCUUGAUGAGGACGAGCACCUUGUCUCGAGGUUUGAGCAGCAACACCCGGGAAUCGAGGCCUACGACGUGAAAGUACGAGGUGCACUAACUUCGUUCUCACAGGAAGUUUAA